GCUGUGGCCACGAGUGAUGGUCGGGUAAACGUGCAGCGCCGCUGUUAGUUUGUGACGAGCUGGGCGGCAGUGCCUGUCCAUCUUUCUAUCCAGUUUGAGACCCUGUAAACUCCUCCUAGCUAGCAUUCGCCUGUUUUAGUGUGACGCGUGGAUUAUUUCACAAAGAAAAACUCCGGCUACCUUUUUUUACCUGGGCGAUCUUUCUACUAUCUGUGGGUCUGCGUCCGCCCAUGUACCUAGGUCGAUUUUUCUCGCUUUCUGUUCAGAGCCCCGGUGCUUUCUGGAUCCCCUUUAGGCCUUGUACAAUGAGAGGUGUUUAGAGGAGGUGCUUAGAAAAAUAAACCAGACUUUUUUUCUGUAGAAAUAGGCACCGGUGCAGCAUAGAUGCUUAACUAAGCGUCUCUCCUGUAGAAGUAGAAAUAGGCACCGAUGCUUCAGAAAAAUCUGGUUUAUUUUUCUAAGCAUCUCUCCUUGUACAAGGCCUAGCGUAAACAAGGACUUCUUUCUCUCGCCGGCAACUACUGCGCUAGGACCGUACUAGUACGACUGAUUAGUACUGGUACGAAGCGGCGGUUCGAUGCGGCCUGUAAAGCAAACUACUCCAAGUGGGUAUAUGCUGUAAGCCGGUAGGUAACGAGCACACGUACGUCAUUGUGUGCAAAAUUCGUGCCAAAACUGUCAAUACGUACGGUCAGCUAAUUGGAGUGCUGUCAAAGGUGUACACGCAUGCGCUGGCCAGCCUGCAUACAGAUACUAGUCUGCGCUUACAUCUCACCGGUUCACGUGUACGACCACUGUUACCAGUCCUCACACAAGUAUCCAGCUAGCUCACACCCAUGGGUCCAUGGCCGACAGGAGCGUGCACCAGCCGCAGCCGAUCGACACGACGAGCCCGGGCUCGCAUCUUAUCCGGUCCAGUCGCAUCACUGCUCGACCACGACCGGGGAUGGCUGAAAUGCGCGUGUGUGGACGUUGGUUGCACCGGUCAAAUGUUCCGGCUGAUCACUCACUGAGCCCCUUCCCUGAUGUGUGUCCAUAUACGUAGUAGGUACGAUGAAUAUCACAGCUGAUACAAUUCUAUGUCCUCCUCCAUAUCCACUCCACUUUGUGCCAAAGAAUUAUCCUGCUACGUACUCGCCUAAGCCAUCUACCGGAAUCAUCCUCUCUCGCAUGUUCCCAUGGCGCCUGGGGCCUUGCCUCUUCGUCUCCGUCGCCGUCGUCGUUAUCGUCGCUUCCACGAUGCCGGCACGGAUGCUCGCCGCCGCGGCGGCCUGCGAGCCGGAGCGAUGCGGCAACGUGAGCGUCUCAGCCCCGUUCGGUGUCGUCUCGGGCUCUGAGGAGAACCGGUGCGCGCAGUCCGGGUUCCAGGUCCACUGCACCGACGGCGUCCCCUACCUCGGGUACUACGAGCCCGGGUUCGGUCUGCAGAUCCUCAACAUAUUCUACGUCAAUAGUUCCUUGCUCGUCUCCGACGUCCACAAGCUCGGCGACUUCAAUCUCUCCGGCGAGAGAGGAUGCCAUGUCCCCACGGCCAACACCGCCACCAAAAUCGGGCCUCCGUUCUCCAUGAGCCUCCUCAACCGGAACCUCAUCUUCUACAACUGCGCCAGGAAGCCGAGGACGGCGCGCCGAGCGGGGCUGGUGGACACGGUGUGCCGGAACAACACGUUUGUCCGCGCAGGAGGGCGGUACAACGCGUCCGGCAGGAUCGAUAGAGGGUACGCCUUGCCGGGGUGCAACGCCACCGCCGUGCCGGUGCUGGGGGCGUCCGGCGAGGUGAAUGCCGGCGACUACCAGGAGCUCAUCAGCGAUGGAUUCCUCCUCACAUGGCAGCCGCCGACGCCGGUUGCCGGUAGUGGGGGCAGUAAAAAGACGACAAGAAUAUUCAUAAUACUUGGAUCAUUAGGCGGUCUUGCUGCAUUAGCGGCGUUCGUCACCUAUCUCUUGCACCAACGAAAGAGGAAACGAGCUGUAGCUUCAGACGAGUUGAUGCGAAGUGGAUCUUCAAUGACGUCAUACAGUAAAGACCUUGAGCUGGGUGGUUCGCCUCAUAUCUUCACUUUCGAGGAACUUGAAGUAGCUACUGAUGGAUUUAGUGCUUCAAGGGAGCUCGGUGAUGGUGGCUUUGGAACUGUUUAUAAAGGAAAACUCAAGGAUGGGAGAGUAGUAGCGGUGAAACGCCUUUACAAGAACAACUACAGACGGGUUGAGCAGUUCCUCAACGAGGUAGACAUCCUGUCCCGCCUGCUCCAUCAGAACCUUGUCAUCCUAUAUGGCUGCACGUCGAGGAUGAGCCGUGACCUUCUCCUGGUGUACGAGUUCAUCGCAAAUGGGACAGUCGCGGACCAUCUUCACGGAUCCCGCUCGGCGGAACGAGGCCUCACAUGGCCUCUAAGACUGAACAUUGCCAUAGAAACGGCUGAAGCACUGGCCUACCUCCAUGCCGUCGAGAUCAUACACCGUGACGUGAAGACGACCAACAUAUUGCUGGACAACAGCUUCCAUGUCAAAGUGGCAGACUUUGGGCUGUCGCGCCUGUUCCCGCUCGAGGUCACCCAUGUGUCGACUGUUCCACAGGGCACACCGGGCUACGUCGACCCCGUGUACCACCAGUGCUACAAGCUGACCGACAAGAGCGACGUCUACAGCUUCGGCGUCGUGCUGGUGGAGCUGAUAUCCUCAAAGCCUGCUGUGGACAUGAGCAGGAGCCAUAGUGAGAUCAACCUGGCCAACAUGGCUCUCAACAGGAUUCAGAACCAUGAAGUUGUUCAGUUGGUUGAUCUGGAGCUCGGCUAUGACACCGAUCCCGAAACAAAGAGGACGAUCGACCGCGUGGCCGAGGUGGCCUUCCAGUGCCUGCAGAUGGAGAGGGAUCUGAGGCCGUCGAUCAAGGAGGUGGUGGAGAUCUUGACUUGCGUCAGGGACGGAGACUGUCGGGCUAAGAGCAUGAAGAAGAAAGCGUCUCAGAAAGAGGACGCGCACUUGCUCACGGAGGGCCUGCAGUUUUCGCCUGACUCGGUCAUCCAUAGAUUCCAUAGCCAGUCAACUAACCACUCGGUAGCAUCGAAUGCUAGCGGGUUAUGAUGUGCUUUGUAUUGAUUCUGAAGAAAUAAGGCCGCCCUGUCGAUCGGAUGAGUUGUAUAUAGCAUAGAGUUUGCUAAUGAGGUGAUUCAUCUUCUAAUAAGUACAGGCUCACGGUUGCAGUAACUCUGCAUUUUUUAGCUUGGCAAUGAUUCAAAUGGUAGGUGUAUGUACUAGGAGCAAAUUCCAGGGUAAGCACUGUAAUAUACAUAUAGUCAGUUCAAGAUUGAAUUCAGAAGUUGAACUGAUCAACAUUCAUAUUA